AGAGAGAGAGAGAGAGAGAGAGCAACCCGCAUACCUCAACGUUUCGUUCGUGCUCACUAUGAUAGUUGAAACUUGAAACACUCUCCCCCCCCCCCCCCCCCCUUCCCUUCCUCUCUCUCUCUCUCUCUCAAGCCGUAGAGACCGCUGAAGAUCUGGCUUGAAGGAUUUAUUGUAUGCAUGUCGACCUAUUUGUCCUUCGGAUCUGAAGCUCACCUUUCCAAUCUGUUUGAUCCGAAAUUCUUUCUGGAUCUCGGAGAUUCUAAGCGGAUCAAAUCUAAACCCGCUGGAUCUCUACGUUAAAGCUGUCUUAGAGAGUCUAAAUUCCACAAGGUCGGUCUGCCCACAUCAUCCUCUUCAGAGAUCUGAAUCCUUGGUGCUAUUGCUUGGCAGGAGACCGAAGCUGACAAUCUGAUUAAAGAGAGAGCCAUUCUCAAAUAGUGCAGGGAGCUAGAUCUUCAAUUGGGGAAAGCAUCUCUCUGUCAAGCCCUAGAGACCGAAUAUCUAGGUUGAAGUUCUUGGCAAAAGAUGAGCUUCAUAUACUAAACCCCUCUCUUCAUUAUCAAUUUGUUAUUGAGGAUGUUUUUUCAUGUGCACUAAGGCCCAAUGAAGCAAUGAGUCAAGGCCCAUUAAUAAGUCCUACUUAGGCCACAGUUAAAAGAAAGCAGGCCCAAUAAAAGGACUUAAAAGGCUGCCUUCUCGUCCUCGGCCUAAAAACCUCUGGGACACCCUCCUAAGUCAGCUUUGCAAAAGAAUAGUCGGGUGACCCCUCGAUCACCCUGGGAAGUGGGAACUCCCAUACAAAAGCACAAACCCAAAGUCUUCGAUGAUCUCGUAAGAGGGAAUUUCUCGCAUGACAUUUUCUCUAGUAACAUUUCAUUAUCUGUUGGGUCGACCAACCUAGCUAAUUAUUGGACUAUUCCCAUUAAGGCCUUACAAAUUUUUAUCACAAGGGAAAGUAAGUUUAAAAGCUAUUGCAAUAGCGUUUUAUAAAAGCGGGUGCCCCCAACUUUGGCAAAAAACGCUAUAUAGUUGACCGACGAAAAUACUGUUAUGCUCUCAAGUUCAUCUUCUUCUCCUCCUUUGCUCUCCUCCCGUCAUCUUCCAUUUGCUUCUGGCCAUUACUGCCGCUGCCGCUGGACUGCUGCCGUCGCCCCUCGCUUCGAUCUGCCGUCACCGUCGUCCAGCUGGGCUGUCGCUGUCGCCUCUUCCCCAGAUUCGCCAUCAAUCGCUGUUCUUGCUGUUCUUCGGUCGCUGUUCUUCUCACGCAGGACUGGUACCCUUUAGUUUCAAUACGGUUAAGGCGUAUGUGUAUCCUAUUGAAGCUGCUCAGUUCGUCUUCUAUGGUUUUGAUCAUUCUGCUCCUUUGGCCCAUUAUUAAUUCUGGGAUGUGCUGGUUUAGUCCCUUUGUGUGCGCGUGAAUAAUGGCCGUUCGCCAUUGUCUUCUUCGGAUAUGCCUGACCCCAUCGCCCAGUGACAGGAAAGACGACCCCCGGGAGACAGCGUUCCGACCGGCACAGUCUCCGUCGCAGCAAUUCGCUCCUCUUGCCUCAGUUUUCAGGCGCCGGCUUCUCACCGGGGUGGGGUCAGCUUCCCUGGUGGCUCUCGGAGCCAAUUUUGCAGGGAUUACGAGUUUUCUCCUGGGGUUCUGGCCGAAGACCGGGCGGAAUCUCAAGCUGGACGUGCUCUAUCCGGUAGGAGGGUUUAGUCGUUACGUCCAAACAAAUGAAGGAUUCGAGUUCAUAUAUCCAGCAAACUGGGUUGGAGACAAAACACUGUUAAACAGAGCCGUCGGAAAACUUGAGAGAUCACUAGACCCGCCAAUCUUCAACAGUGUGGCACCGGAAGACCGCCGCCCCCGCCGGAACGUCAACGAGCCGGUCGUCGCAUUCGGCCCGCCGGGCUCAACCGGGGAGCUCAACGUCAGUGUUGUUGUCUCCCCUGUUCCUCUGGAUUUCUCAAUUGAAGCAUACGGAGGACCCAAGGAGGUCGGAGAAACUGUUAUUCGAGCAAUUACGGGAUCGACCCGAGGGGCCGAUGUGAAGGGAACGCUGGUGCAGGCCAGCCUGAGAGAGGACUCGGAGAAGAAAGUGAAGUACUAUGCACUGGAAUACAGAGUUGAGAGCCCCAUGUUUAGAAGACACAACAUGGCCGUAUGUUGUGCUAAGGGAGGAAGGUUGUUCACUCUGAAUGCACAGGCCCCAGAAUUGGCAUGGCCUAAGGUGAAAUCAGAUUUCUACAGUAUUGCUGAUUCCUUUAAUCUCACAUCAUGAAGAUAGAUGAAAAGCAAAACGGGUUUGGUGAUUGAUCAUCUGAAGGUUUAUACAAUCCAGAUAGAAAAUGAAAUGAAACGUUAAAUUGUGGGUGGCUUAACUCCCUUGAUGAGAUUAAUAGCCAAAACUUGUAUGUUACUUUGUUGUUAUCUUAGCCUGUCCCUUUGGGUUAAAUUAUCCAUCUAAAUGCAAGCCAAGUUCAGUUUGGAAAUUCCAUGAUGGCUUAUGACAUAGAGGCUUUAGGCCCGAGUCAUGCUAUUUGUACAGAAACAUUUACAGAACAAUAAAAUACCCAUUUUACCCCUGCAAUAAA